GUGGUGGUGGUGGGGGGUGUGUGGGUGGGUGGAGGAGAAAGGGGAGCUGUGUUGUUGGCUCGCAGGUUCAAAAGGAGAAGAAGUGCGAACGAGUUUAUAAGGAAGAAGCUUUCCACCCCCGGGAACCAGCCGAAGUCUUCCACGACUGUCAGGGUCGUGGUGGCAGCGACACUUCCAUAACAACACACGGGAGGAGGAGGAGCAGGAGGAUGGAGGGCGGUCGCUCCGAACUAUCGCUGCGUUUGGACCAAAGUGUGUAAGUGGGCUGCCAAAGAGGAUAUUUACCCAUCGACGUCGCUGCUUUUGCGGAUUCAGACAUCGAGGCGAUGGAUUAGAGCGGUUGGACACGUACGGUGCGAAAGAAGUCCUCCCCCCUCCCACUCCUCCCCUGUGCUGGGGUUCCCCAUCCGUCCGUGUGGCAUGGAGCGAACGGCGGUGACUCUGGGCGGCGUGGGGUCGGCCCAGCCCGUGGUAGGGGUGAAUAACGUGAUUCAAGACGUUGCGCACAGCAAGGCUCGCCUGAGGCCCUGGCUGCUGGAACAGAUCGAGAGCGGCCUCUACCCGGGCCUCUGCUGGGAGGACGACACCAAGGCCACGUUCCGCAUCCCCUGGAAGCACGCGUCCAAGCACGACUACUCGCGAGGGAUGCACGGCGCCAUCUUCAGGGCGUGGGCCCAGAACCGGGGCAAGUUCAGCGUCAAGGAGCAGGCCGAGCCGUCUGCCAUGAAGACUCGCCUCCGCUGCGCCCUCAACAAGAGCACCGACUUCCAGGAGGUGUCCCAGCGCAGCCAGCUGGACAUCCCCGAGCCCUACAAGGUCUACCGCGUGCUGCCGGAGGACACGGGCAGCUCCUCCGGCAGCACCGGCGCCGACGGAGGAGGAGGAGGAGGAGGAAAGAAGAAACGCAGGCGCAUGGACCACGACUACGAGGGGCACGCCUUCUACGAGAAGCAGGCCGAGGUGAAGCCUGAAGGCCCCGCUCUGGAGAUCAAGUUCGAGACGAGCUCCGAUGCUGCGUCCACCAGCACCAACACCUCCUACUGCUACGAGUCGUCGUCUUCGCUUUCCUCUUCUCCAGGCUUUGAUUACUUCACAUCCCACAUGAGUCGCCUGCCCUCCCCCCUGGCCGUGUCCUCUGUCCUGCUGGGGCAGGCCAUCUCGUUCAUGAACCAAGACGAGUGGAGAGCUCUGCUCCGAUCGGAACUGGAGGUGACGUUCCGCUACCGGGGCUUGGUGGUGAAACGGGUCCGGGUCUCCAACCCCCAUGGAUACCGCAUCGCUCCCUCCCCCAACCGCCAACCCGGCUCCCGGCACUCGGCUCGCCACCAAUCAUCGUCACCACGGCCACCACCAUCAUCACCACCACGGCCACCACCAUCGCCACGAUCAGCAGCAGCGGCAUCAACACCACCAUCACGAUCAUCAGCAUCAUCAUCACAACCACCACCACCAGCGCCACAACCGCGCCGCGCUCCUUCCCCGCCCCCCCCGCCGCUGCCGCCGCCGCUGCAGCUGUUGGCGUUCCCGCCGACGGCGCGCGUCCGCUCGCUGGCGCGGCCCCUCCACGAGGACUUUGCGAGCGCGGCCGUGUGGCACGCCCGCCGGGGCCUGCUGCUGCGCCUGGACCCCCGCCGGGGCCUGCAGGCCCAGCGGCUGUGCCGCGGCCGCGUCUUCUGGGACGGGCCCUGCGCGCCGCCGCCGCCGCCGGUGCCGCCGCCUAGGCCCAACAAGCUGGAGAAGCGGGAGGUGGUGACGAUGUUUGACGUGCGCCGCUUCUGGGACGAGCUGAGGGCCUUCAAGGAAGGCCGCGGGCCCGAGCCGCGCUUCACCGUUGUGCUCUGCUUCGGCGAGGAGUUCCCUGACGAGAGGCCACUGCACCACAAGUUCGUCACCGUGCAGGUGGAGCCCAUCUUCGCCAAGCUCUGCUACGAGAACGCGGUGCGGAGCGCGCGGCCCGAGACCGGCGCCUCGCCCUCUCGGCUCUGAAGCCGCGAACUGCCCCCCCUCCGGAGUACAGUACAACACAACGUCGCUCGCUAUGGCCGGGCACGUACGUUGUUGGUUAACGCGCCUGGGGGGGGGGGGGGAGGGGGGGGUCUGCCCCGACCAUUUUCCGACGACGGUUUUGGAUCCAGCGCGUGCCGGCCCCCCCCGGGUUGGCACCGCGGCCCGGUUUGACCGACCGUGGAAAACGACCGCUUGGCCCGGCGCACGCCGGAGAUCUCCCGCGACGCGACCGCGACCGCGCCGGCAGGCGUGCGUGCAAGAGCCGGGAACGUUGUGGUCCAAAUUGGCCGGACGGAAAUGUCAGUGAAAACUAACAUCACGGAUGGCUCGGCUGUGAUGCAGCAGCAGCAGCGGCGGCAGCCAGCGAUCAUCGCCUUCCGCCCCGCCCACCCCACCCCGUCUCCAACCCACCCCUCUACUAAAACGGGUCUUGAGACUUAGCGAGGCAUCCCUGGGGAAACAAACUGAAUAAUACUAAUAAUUUGGACAUGGUUAGAAAGUAUAAUAAUUUAAAAAAAAAACUAAUUUGGUGGGAUUUUAAUGUGUCCGUCAAACCCAUGCCACAUCCCAAUCGGUAAAGGUCGCGUAAACGGAAAACGUGGCGCCAAUUCGUCACCACUUCAGCUUCCAUCGGGCGAUCGGCCAGAAAUUGCGAAGGAGUCUUCCUGCUUCGGCCUUAAAAAACAUGAAUUGUGGGUAACAUUUGUUGGCGAAAGCCGACGCGUUAAUCCAUAGAAAGCGAUGGUUUACAACAACGGUAGCACAGGUCUCCCAAGCGCAUUUCUUUAGUCGAUGGCAGCUAUGCCUGUGUGGAAGAACCUUCAAGUGCGCAUGUGUACGCAUAUAUAUGCACGUACGCAUGUAUGUUGAACUUCUUUCGCACCGUACGUAGCCUGACCGUGCUGAUCGGAGGUGUGCAAGGGAAGGACAUCAAACUGAACACGACAAGGAGUUCACAAAGAAACGAGAUGUUGAAUUUUGAAGUCGCACACUGGGAAAUCGGAGGCGCGUUGAUUCACUGCGAGAUAAUUUUUUUGGGUUUGAUCGUCGCGUAGGUGGCAAUGUAAUGUGUCGUUAACUUAUAGCCCUCCACCACCCGACAACGGCAUAGCCAAUCAAAUCCGGGGGCCGUCUCGUCACAUGGGUACAUAUGCCAUGUGCAGUUUGGUUCAUCGUCAAGGCCAGAGGAGGAAUGAUGAGAAGUCCAAGCAAAAACGUAAUUUUAUCCGACAUGCCGCUGGCUACAAGAUCCGGCAUCCAUCGGAUGUUUAACGUUGACCUCCCCGGAGUUGGGGGGGUGAAUGCUGCCGGUCUGCUGGCCCCGCACCUCUGAUUAGCACGGUUGGCUACAUACGGUCCGAAAGAAGUUCAGCAUGCAUACGUUCAUCGUCAACGUCGUCGUCAUCAUUUGUCAUCGUCGCCGGCGUCAUCGUCGUCGUCAUCAUCGCCGUAACUCAGGGAUCAAUAAAGUGAGCAGUGCGGUGAUACCCCGGUUUAAGCGGGGGAUGCGUUCUUGGAAGGUGCGACGGCGAAUAUCGAAACGGCGUCAAUCAAAGCGGUUUAUGGAGUAAGUAGUCGGUGGUGGAGGCAAAGGUCCGAGAGGCAACGGAUAACGUGUAGCGAGAGACGAUGCUGUAAGCGACGUCAGCAUGGGGGUUGAGGCAACGGCAAAUCGGGUCGCGGUGUUAAUAAUAAAGUGACGACCUAUUUGCGAAAACGAGGCGUCGUCAUUCACACUUUCCUAACUCCACCGCGUCUUCACUGGCACUCGUUCACUUCACCUCGCCGCGGUCACACCCGCGCGUUGGUCAGCGGUGGUGACGGCGGUGGUGAUGGUACUGGUGAUGAACAGUUACCUAGGAUAGGUAACUUGAUGCAAGCAGCACCCCAAAUAUUGGUAAGCUAUUACUGUUUAAAAACUAACUAAUUUCUGCAAUCAAAUUCACAUCAUCCAGGCCCCACGGUGUAAACAGAUUCAGUCACCGACUCGCAUCGCCCACUCCGUCUCUCUACUGGCCUCUCCAUUCGUGAACUCUGAAGAAGGGUCAUUGCCCGAAACGUCACUCAUUAUAUCUGUUCCCUUUAAGGCCAGUGUGGUUACUGGCAGCACGGUGGCGAGAUGCGAACCGCCUCGCCUGGUAUGGGGGAGGUCAUGGGUUCAAUCCCAACCCGAUGCCUGCUGUAUAUUUGGGGU